UCCCCAAUUUGAAGGUUAAAUAACGACUCGGCCCUUUGACUGAAGCAGGUCUAUCCAACCUGAUCAACAGGUAGUGCAACAUGUCCUGGGAGUGAGGUUGGUGGGAGUGGCUGGGAGUUUGUGUUCUGAUAGCAUUAUUAUUCCCUUCAGCAGACGAGAGAGGAGCAACAAAAGGAACGACGUAGAGAGACACCUGGAAUUAGAGAAAGAGUUCAAAUUGGAGAUUAAAGAUGGCCACGAUGCGUUUACAGAUAGUUGUCAUAGCGAUAAUAGCCGUCGUCGCCAUCCAUUUAACUCAAAGUGCUUCAAUAUCAGAUAAAGAAAAAAGCGAUGGACAAUUACUAAAAAGGGUUCGCCGAGACUUCUGGGGCACUGGGAUGUUCGCCAAUACCGACCCGUGCGUGAAAGCCUGCUGGAAGUCACGGAACUGCUGCCCCGGGUAUUACUGCACCGCGGAGAUAUGGAGUAACGACGGGGCGAUCGGCGCCUGUAAGGAGUACAACCCAGGAUACUGGGGCAAGCGAUCCUUCGGAUACUAAACGAUUCUAAGUCAUGUUUGGCGAAUCACUUGAUAAAAAUUGUUAGGCACGUCUGCUUCAGACAGGUACGCCUUCUGCACUGACGUCUUGCGGUCCGGAAAUAUCAUACAUAUGUAGUCCCCUCUUGAUAUGGCCCUGCGAGAGAGGGACAAUCGUUUGCAAAAAAGCGUUGUAAAUCUUUUUUAACGUCGGAAAUGAGCCUCGUUGGGUGUAAACUUGCAACCCUUCAGUACGAACGACAAAAUACGAAAUAAUAAGAUAUUACAGUCACUGAGAAAUUUUGUAUGACAUGUAAUGGCUUCUAUUUAGCGACCUUUGCAUCUGAACUCUCAAGUUAAACAACAUUAUUCCGUGUAAAUUUCUGAAUAAAGGGAUUGCGAAUAAAAAUAUGUCCG